CUGAUAAAUGCUACUCUGCAGUCCCUGAGUGAGCAUCCCUGAAGUAUCAUCGCCGUCCUGCUGCUCGCUGCUCCAUCUGUCCGGUCCAUCCCACGUUGUCUUACCGUCCUCCAAGCAUCGAGCAAGCCUUUCUCACCGUCUGACUCGAAUCGUUCUCGUCGUUAGGGUCCAACUCACUCGGCAGCGUGCUCUAUCACCUCGAUUAUUCAUCGAUCCAUGCGGACGUGAUUGGACGCCAUGAAUGGCUCGACGGCCUUCCUCGCUGCGAGAUCGACUGCGGCGGAAGACAAUGCCGCGCUCGUCCGGCAUUCACCGCCCAAGAAGGGCCUCCAGCAGAGGCGAUAUGCACCCAAGACUCGAACUGGCUGUCUGACGUGUAAGAUCCGUCGGGUCAAAUGUGACGAAGCUCAACCUGCCUGUAACCGCUGCACGAGCACUGGCAGGAAAUGCGAUGGCUAUAUCUCGCCCGGCGAGCUCCCUUCGAAGGAGGAGCAACUACCCCUGACGGUCGCUCUCGUCAACGAUGUCCCAACUAACGCUCUCGAACGGAGGACGUUUGAUUUCUUCCGGACCCGCACCGCGCCCAUCGUCUCGGGGUACUUUCAAGAUACCGUCUGGGAUCGAAUCGUUUUACAGAUGAGCCACAGCGAGCCGGCGGUGCGUCACGCCGUCAAUGCUCUCGGCGCCAUGCACGAGGAACGCUAUCUCCGUACGAAGGCUGCCAAGGAUGGCCUCGACGUUCAAGCGUUCCGGACGGAUUUCCCUGUGCAGCAAUAUGUGAAAUCUCUGAAUGAGAUGCAGGUCCUCCUCAAGGACAAGAGCAGCUCUCUCGACACGGUUCUGCUGUGUUCGCUCCUGUGUGCGCACUUUGAAUGUCUACGAGAGACCUUUUUGCCUGCAUUGCUUCACGUCGAAAAUGCCAUUUCCUUGCUUUACGAACAGAAUGCGAGAUUCGACCCCCGCAAGGUCAAUCCCAGUCUCGUUCGAGCCGUGAUGCGAUUGGAUCUCCAAGGUACAUUGUAUCUUACGAUGCGGACACCAGGCCUCUCCUUUUACACCGCAGCGAUAGACUCGAUACUACCUCACAGCUUCCGAGACUUGACCCAAGCACGCGACCUCAUCAAUUCCUGGACCGGCCGCUUAUACCACUUCACCCGCACCGUCGCCGACGGCUACAAAUUCGGCGUUUCCGGCGCCAACGGCGUCCCCCUCGAGGAAUACGCCAAAGCACAAGAACUCGAGCGGACCAUGAUCGAACUCGAGCGCCUCCUCUGGGACUUUCUGCACAAGCCCACCUCCCGUCUGACGGCGCGCGAACAGCUCGGCCUGGGCAUGCUCCGCAGCCGCACCAUCAUCAACCGCAUCAUCGCCGCCACCUGUCUGCACACCGAAGCCAGCGCGUACGACCGCUUCCUGCCGGAAUUCGAAGACGUCCUCACCAUCUGCCAGCACAUCAUGGCCAGCGACUUCGACCAUCGGCCCGCGCCCGGCGGCGACGACCACGAGGCCGACGACGCCGCCGCCCGCCGCCUGCUCUCCGUCAGCAUGGACGAAGGACUCAUCCACCCGCUCUGCGACAUCGCCGCCGCCUGCCGCGACAGCCGCAUCCGCCACCGCGCCCUCGACGCCCUCCGCCGCCUCCCCGUGGGCGAGGGCAAUUGGCACAUCGAGAGCACUAUCCGCACAUGCGAGAUGUGCAUCGAGUAUGAGGAGCGCUCCAGCACGAGGGAAUUCCCCUCCUGUGAGGAUAUACCCGAGUGGUGGCGCGUGCAGGGCUUGUCGUUUGACGGGUGGGAAACGCAUGGGCCGAUGCGGAAGGUCAAGGCGCAGUUCCGCACGAGGCCGAAUGGGACGGAUGGGGGGUGGGUGAUAUAUGAUGUGGUCAUUGAUUGCGUCAGCCCUCAGAAUCCUUCCAUUGGCAAUCUUAAUGCUGGACUCAGCACCUUGGAAAUUCAGGAACAUAUCACCAAUCGGAGGAAACCUCGGACCCUGGACUUUCCUGGCCCUUGAGUCGCGGUCAGCGAUGAGUAUUCUUUUGGUGGAGGAGGUAUUAAUUCAAUGAUCCUCUCUUCUCCCCUCUCGAAGGACGAUGGACCGAC